AUGUUAGCUAUGCGCCGCGAAAGCGAACCCAUCUACGGAAGUGCAAGUGCAACGGCCAGUCUCAACGCGCUGCAUCAUCACGCGCACCAUCACCAGGUGCAUUCGCCGGUCGGUGGCCCCGUGGAAACUCGUCCACCAACGUCCAACGGUACGCUUGGCGGCUCUCCGGCCCUAGACGCCGGUCAGGGCGCAUUCCAAGGGCAUUUACACGCGCAUCAACACCAGCAACAGCUGCAGGAGCAACAUCACCAACAGCUUCAGCAUCCACACCACCAAAACCGUACCGUACCGUCACCAUCGACAACGACCGGAACCAUCGGUCACGGGUCAUUUCCCGGGCUUUGCAACGGAUCGUCCAGUGGCACGUACGCGUCCGGGUUCAACAACUUCGGAGUGAGCCCGUCCAACACCGGCCAAAGCUCAUCUGGACGAGCGACACAUCCAGCGGCCAGCCUCGACGAGUACGUCGACAUCCUGCAGGUUCAGCAGCUAUUGCUCGAGAACUCGUCGUCUACGUCCGCGUCCACGGUGGCGAACCAAACGACGGCCUCUCCCUCCAUCACCUCCCAAACCACCACCACCACCUCGAUCGCUUCCUCGUCCCACUCCCAGGCACAUAGUGCCGCAUCCUUCGCGGUUCCCUUCCACGGUUCGGUCGCUUCUUCCACAUCCUCCAAAACCCGACCAAAGGUGAACCUCCAGAAGGCGUCCGAAUACUCGACAGCGGCGGCGACAACGGCAGCGAACCAGCUCCAGGGCGAGUCACCCUCCAAACGGCUUCUCUUUGAUUACCCGAGCCCAUAUUUGUAUGGUAAUUAUCAUCCGUCGCCGAGUGACGAUCUGGUCGCUUUGUGGUUUGGAAGUAACGGAACAGGUGGCGUCGCCCCUGGACCACCAGCAGCUGCCAUGAUCAUGGAAGGGCUAGAAACGUUGGUUGCGCCAUCGCAUCACACAUUCCUGCUGACCGAGUCGGCUGCGGCGGCUCACUUCAACGUGCUGAGCUUCGACACGUGCGGCCUGUUUAAGACGGGCACCACGACCACCUCGCUCGGGCUGAACAACAACAGCACGACAACACCCAACAACAAUCAUCAUCAUCACCUGUACCACCCGUACCACCAUCAGACGGCCGUCAGCACUGCGACGGCUCUCGCGCAUCAUCAGCAACAUCAUCAUCAUCAUCAUUCGACAACCCAGCAACAACAGCAGCAGCAACAUCAGCACAACUCAUCCUCCAGCGCGAUCGUUUCAUCGUCAGCAGCUUCCACCGGAGCGACGAUCGCCAGUGUUCCCAGUUCAACAGCGAUCACAACGCACACGACGGCCACAACGAGUGUGACCGCUUCACACGCGCCUCACGGCCACGGUCAUCAUCACAACCACCCACAUCUGAGCCUGCUGAGCACGGGUGGAACCGGUGGUGGCAGUACGUCCGGUGGCACCGGACAUCACUCGAACGACAGCUCGACCCUGCACUCCGGCACUGGCGACGAUCACUCGCAAUCGCAGACCGACGCGCAAGCCGGCGAUCUCAACACACCCGUGACAACCUCCGGUGAUAUUCCGUCGUUCUUUGGACCAUCGACGGUCGUGGAGCCGCCACCCAUUACCGGCUCGAUCGAAUCGGACGAUCUCUCGCUGGAACCACAAACCGUGUCCAGCCCGUGCGUCAGCCUCAGCAGUCCAACGAAGCAGGAGCGUAGCACGCCGCAAUCGAUCGCCAACGAGGAAGAGGCUAGCAAUACCAGCAGUACCAACACGAUGUACCCAUCGUCCGGCUCCCAGCAGCAACAGCAGCAGCAGCAACAGCAGCAACAGCAGCAGCAUCAUCAGCAGCAACAGCAGCAACACUCGCUGCACGGUCAGAUCCGCGUUGCCGGGCUGGCUAGCGUCACGGGUGGCGCCGACAUGCAGCACGCCGGCAGCGAUGGUGUCCAGUCGUCGGACGCGAUCGAGAACAAGAUCUCGUAUCGGGGCAUUUUUGCGACCAGCGCCAGUCCCAGCAUGGGUUUGCAGGCUGCCGGCGUCAUGCCGGGAUCGGGUCAGAUGUCACCAACGGGCGGGCUUGGUCCGGCCAGCUGGGGUCUUCCGAGUCCCGACAAGAGUCUCUUCCAAGCGCCCAUGUUUGGGUUGCUUGGACCGCAAGCUACCACUGCAGCUCAGGGUGGUGGCGUGUCGGCAACAUCACCACCGAUCGGGCAACACCAUCAGCAUCACUAUGGUGCUGGUGGUGCUGUCGACGAACGAAGCCAACACGGACACGGCCACGGGGCUGGUGCUGAGCUGCUCGGCCUGAACAUGGACUGUGCGAGCAUUAUCCUGAAGCAACCGCCGAGCUAUAACAGCUGUGUUGGUUCACUAGACAUGCAGCAAAGCCAGGAUAUGCACCCGUAUGGGCGACAAGGCCAGCUCGGAAUGAGCCAGAAGUAUCAGUGGCUAGACUCACCAGUCGAUCCGUACGGUGGCAGUCCACAGCAUGGUUCAGUCGUCCUGCCGGGACCAUCAUCUACACCUAUCUCAGUAGGUCCGAUCGUGCCCAAACAGGAGCCCUAUUCAACGCCCAACCCAUGCACGUCCGACUCGAGUCAGCUCGGCAGCGGACUUACGCCAGCUCAGGCCGCUCAACAGGCACAGUACGCCGUGCAGCUGGCCGAGUACAAUCAAGCGACCAGCAAGGGCCACGAGAUCCUCUCGCAGGUGUACCAACAGAGCACGAUGCCAUUGAAGCUGGUGCCGGUGAAACCACGCAAGUACCCGAACCGACCGAGCAAGACGCCCGUUCACGAGCGACCGUACGCCUGCCCGGUGGAAAACUGCGAUCGGCGGUUUUCGCGCUCGGACGAGCUGACGCGACAUAUCAGGAUCCAUACGGGCCAGAAGCCGUUCCAGUGCCGGAUCUGCAUGCGCUCGUUUAGCCGCUCGGACCACCUGACGACGCACAUUCGUACGCACACCGGCGAGAAGCCGUUCUCGUGCGAUAUCUGCGGCCGCAAGUUCGCCCGCUCGGAUGAGAAGAAGCGCCACGCCAAGGUACACCUGAAACAGCGCAUCAAGAAAGAAAAGAACGCAAGCGGUAGUGGCUCGUCGAACCACACCCACCAUGCUCAGCAGCAGCAACAGCAGCAACAGCAGCAUCACCAGCAGCAGCAGCAGCAGCAGCAACAUCACCAUCAGCUCGGUCACCACGCAGGACAUCCGGGACUGCACGCGCAUCACCUGCUCGCGCAUGACGAUCUCACUGGCAUCCCGAUCGUGUCGUCCUCGUCGAACCCGGCGACCAGCAGCUUGUAG